GAGCGUCAGUGAGCAGCUGGGACCGUUCAAGUUUGCAAACUUUCCAGUCUGGGAAGGUGGGGGGGCAGCAGGCUGCUGCAGGGCGCAUCGCCUCAUGCAGGUCAAUGGCCGGGACCUCUUCAUGAAGCUGUGCGCCACCGCCACGCGCAUGCCCGUUCGGCUGGAAGGAGGCCUGCAGGAGGAGACCACAGCAGAUGUUUUCAAAUCCGUCGAGGCUUUUGACGUGACCGGUCCUGACGGAUGCGACCGGCAGCGCGGCGGGCCCGGAGGGAAUAAAGACGCUCCGUCUCCACAGGGCCACCAGCACAAGCUACGCAAGAUGACCCGGAGUCCCAAAUGUGCCCGCUGUCGUAACCACGGCGUCGUGUCGUGCCUGAAAGGCCACAAGCGCUUCUGCCGCUGGAGGGACUGCCGCUGCGCCUGCUGCCUGCUGGUGGUGGAGCGGCAGCGCGUCAUGGCGGCGCAGGUCGCGCUGCGGAGGCAGCAAGCCGCGGAGGUGAGGAGAGCACCAGGACAGAGCAAAAGAGGGGUCAAGUGUGCAGCUCCGCCGAGGAGAGCUUCGUACCAUUGUUACUCCAGAGCCGCCGAGCCGCCGAGCAUCAUGACCAAGAACACGCUGCAGGGGCUCAAACCAGCAACGCCUCCAGAGGUCGGCGCCUCCUGCUGGUCGAAGCAGCCGCACAGGGACCACUUCCCGUGCUCCUCCAUCAGCGCCCGCAUGAGGAAGAGGCGGGCCUUCGCCGAUAAGGAGCUGGAGAACACCAUGCUGCAGCGAGAGCUGCAGAGUGAGAUUUCCUUCUCCGCCUGCGCCCUCUUCCCCAUGAUGCACCUCCCAGCUCUGCCCGUCUCCUCCGGCCUCCAUGGUUACCCUCCCAAUAAGGACCCGUCGUCGUCCAGCUGUUUGCCCGUGUAUAAGUACAAGCCUCUUUACGAGAGUGGCCUUCACUUUAAUGAGUUCUUCCACCUAAAGAGCAGGUCCUCCACAGGAGGUGGCUCUAAUGACAUCUUGUUAUGUCAAAGCUACGAGCAGGAGGAGAAGAGCGCUUCCAGAGACAGAGGGAAAAUUCAGCCAGAGGUCACUCCUCCUCCUCCUCUUCCUCCUCCACAACAACUCAUAAAUAAUGACAGCAUCAUGCCGUGUGGACGCUCCGCAAAAACCCCUUUGAAACUGACAGAAACCGUGCCGUUCGGCGAUUCUUCAGCAUAUCCAAGCUCAGAUCCGGCUGAACCAGACAUCAGUUCACACAGCAGGAUUUUUGAUCCCGCAACAGCCAGCAGCUGGAAUUCAGACAUCGCCAACAGCCAGACAGGUCUUCACGCUGACGCUGUCAAGAGCCCUCUCAGCGGCUCGGCGAGGACUCCCACCGUGAGGCCAUUACCUUUCUCUGUGGAGGCUCUGCUGAGGGCCUGACGGGAACACGGGAAACCACAUUUAUUGCACUUUGUUAUAUACAGACACUUGAAUCUCAUGCUAUAAAUACAAUGUUUCCUAUUUUAUAAAAGCUUUUUAGUUCAAAAUGAGAUGCUUGAAAUAUAUGGAGCUAAAUUGGGGCCAAUAUUAUUGAAACUCAAAUAAAAAAAAUUAGUGUUUGGCUAAAAAAUUAAAAAUGUCAGAAACUUUUUGCCAUUCUAAAAUAAACUUAAG